UGGAUGUGGAAAAAGUGGAGUAAAACAAUAAUAGUGAGUUGGCUCACACCAAACUUUGCAUCCAGGGGGAUAUUUAGCCCUCAACAGUUCAGCUCAACUCGCGAAGCACAAAAACAAGCAUUUUCGCAACAAUCUCUGAAAAAACUUGACUCUCAGUAAUGCCACGCCAAUUAAAUGAUACAGAUGCAAAUCUACACCUACAACUAUAAAACUGCUUCAUCAAAUGUAACUCACAAAAAUGAGUUACAUUUCAAGGCAGAUCUUGAAAAACUACAGAUGCCAGUUAUAGGGAAUAUCCACAUUGAUUUUGUCUUUUAAAUAAACUAUCAAUUAAUCGCAAACGUUAAUGUUGCAGAACACAUGUGCAGACGUCUAAAUACCACGUGCACGAAGACCAUUUUUACUGAGCCCUAACUAUUGCAAGGGGACGCAAAAUUUAUUGAAGGGAAACGCAAAACUUAUUGUGGGGGAACGGAAACUUUUUAAUUAUUACUGUUAAUAAAAUGUUUGGGAAACAGAUGACUAAAUAAAAACAAACUACUACAAUUCAAUAUUUUCAAUUUAUUGUGAAGGAAAAAAAAAUGUAUUGCUGGAGUACGCAAAACUUAUUGCGAGGUAACAGAAAAUGUAUUGCGGGGGAACGGAAAGCUUAUUGCGGGGGAACGCAAAAUUGCAGUGGAACGGAAAGCUUAUUGCGGGGGAACGGAAAGCUUAUUGCGGGGGAACGCAUCAUUUAUUGCGGUGGAACGGAAAGCUUGUUGCGGGGGAACGCGUCAUUUAUUGCGGGGGAACGCGUCAUUUAUUGCGGUGGAACGGAAAGCUUAUUGCGGGGGAACGCAUCAUUUAUUGCGGGGGAACGCAUCAUUUAUUGCGGUGGAACGGAAAGCUUAUUGCGGGGGAACGCAUCAUUUAUUGCUGGGGAACGCAUCAUUUAUUGCGGGGGAACGCGUCAUUUAUUGCGGUGGAACGGAAAGCUUAUUGCGGGGGAACGCAUCAUUUAUUGCGGGGGAACGCAUCAUUUAUUGCGGUGGAACGGAAAGCUUGUUGCGGGGGAACGCAUCAUUUAUUGCGGGGGAACGCGUCAUUUAUUGCGGUGGAACGGAAAGCUUAUUGCGGGGGAACGCAUCAUUUAUUGCGGUGGAACGGAAAGCUUAUUGCGGGGGAACGCAUCAUUCAUUGCGGUGGAACGGAAAGCUUAUUGCGGGGGAACGCAAAAUUGCGGUGGAACGGAAAGCUUGUUGCGGGGGAACGCGUCAUUUAUUGCGGUGGAACGGAAAGCUUAUUGCGGGGGAACGCAUCAUUUAUUGCGGUGGAACGGAAAGCUUAUUGCGGGGGAACGCAUCAUUUAUUGCGGUGGAACGGAAAGCUUAUUGCGGGGGAACGCAUCAUUUAUUGCGGUGGAACGGAAAGCUUAUUGCGGGGGAACGCAUCAUUUAUUGCGGUGGAACGGAAAGCUUAUUGCGGGGGAACGCAAAAUUGCAGUGGAACGGAAAGCUUAUUGCGGGGGAACGCAUCAUUUAUUGCGGUGGAACGGAAAGCUUAUUGCGGGGGAACGCAUCAUUUAUUGUGGUGGAACGGAAACAUGUUAAUUUUUACUGUUAAAAUUUUUGGGGGGGGGGAAACAGAUGACUAAACAAAAACAGACUACUACAAUUCAAUAUUUUCAAUUUAUUGUGAGGGAAAACAAAAUGUAUUGCUGGAGUACGCAAAACUUAUUGCGAGGUAACAGAAAAUAUAUUGCGGGGGAACGGAAAGCUUAUUGCGGGGGAACGCAAAAUUUAUUGCGGUGGAACGGAAAGCUUAUUGCGAGGGAACGGAAAGCUUAUUGCGGGGGAACGCAAAAUUGCGGUGGAACGGAAAGCUUGUUGCGAGGGAACGCAAAAUUGCGGUGGAACGGAAAGCUUAUUGCGGGGGAACGCAUCAUUUAUUGCGGUGGAACGGAAAGCUUAUUGCGGGGGAACGCAUCAUUUAUUGUGGUGGAACAGAAAGCUUAUUGCGAGGGAACGGAAAGCUUAUUGCGGCGGAACGCAAACUGAGGGGAAAUGCAAAACUUAUUGCGGGGGAACGGAAACUUGUUAAUUAUUACGGUUAAUAAAAUGUUUGGGAAACAGAUGACUAAACAAAAACAGACAAUUAAAUAUUUGCAUAUAACAGUGUUUUAGCCCACUGCUUGGAUUAUUAUUGAGAAGCUUCCGCAAAUGAUUUAAUAAUAAUCAUCAUCAUCAUCAGAUGCAUUUAAUUUCUUAAUAUUAGGGACAUCAAAAUUACCGGUACUAUAAUGAUACUCAACUUUCUUCAGCACCAGUAGUAACGACUCGUUUAGGUAACUAACUUAUUCAGUUAUUUUCUUAGAAAAUAGAGCUGAUCUCAAACAAUCUCCUGAGAGAAGCUCAUGCAGAGAAGCGGCAAAAUGGAGUCUUCAAAUCCACUGAAGUACAACACACAUUAAUAGAUGAGACAUUUAUAUUUUAAGAGACAUCAAAUUUCUGCCCACUGGGAACAGUUAACAAACAAACAAACAAAAACAUGUGGUAAAGAUAUAUAUAUAUAUAUAUAUAUAAAAUAUAUGACUGUCAACAAUAUCACAUAUCUAAAGAGCUGACCCAACUGUAUGCUUCAAACCACAAAGCAGCAUUUUAUAGACAUAUACAGCAUUUACAGAUAAACACAAACAUAAGAGAUUUAACAAUGUUCUGCCCUUGAAUGGAGAACCAGAUCAGAAAUGUAAUCUUCAUACAUUACCUGUUCUGUGUUGAAGCAGUACUAGAUCGCAUAGCAAGUUUUAUGUUUUAAACCUUUGUUAUUGUAAUAGAAGUCCAAAGAAGAGGAAUGUAGAAGUUUCUAGGGAGAUAUUUGUUGCUUAGGUGAUCUUAAUCAAAUCUUUAAAUCAAAUCACAUCUUUUUAUUUCAUCAUUGUCUAUUUUAAAGUCAACAUGAAAUCAAACGGGACACUUUUUACGUUCUUAUUAAAUGUGUACAAUUCACAGAUGCACAAUAUUCUAAAGAAAUGUUUUCAUCAGUGUAAUAACUACUCUAAUUGAAUCUAUGCAUCCCAAAUGAUAACGCUGCUUUUUCGAAUCUAUCGUUAUUUGCCGUUAUUACCAUAAUCUUUAUUAUUUUAUCAUAUUAACACCGACAUACAUUAUUUACUGCAAUACAUUCAGAAAGGCUGCAUUACCUACAACCACGUUUGGGAAAGUUACUCAAAAAGUAAUCAAUUACAAAUAACUAAUUACUUCUCGGUGGGCUGGGGAUCUCAUCGCUGCUUUUUGCAGAUGAUGUCAUCAUCGGUCCGUGACCUUCAGCGCUCACUGGAUCGCUUGGCAGUCGAGUGUGAAGCGGCUGGGAUGAGUAUUAGCACCUCUAAAUCUGAGGCCCUUGUUCUCAGCAGGAAACCGAUGGAGUGCGUACUCCAGGUAGGGAAGGAGGUAUUGCCCCAAGUGAAGGAGUUCAAGUACCUAGGGGUCUUGUUCACGAGUGAGGGGACAAUAGAGCAGGAGGUUGGCCGGAGAAUCGGGGCAGCGGGGGCGGUAUUGCACUCGCUCUAUCGCACCGUUGUCACGAAAAGAGAGUUGAGCCGGAAGGCAAAGCUCUCGAUCUAUCGGUCAAUUUUUGUUCCUAUCUUCACCUAUGGUCAUGAAGGCUGGGUCAUGACCGAAAGAACUAGGUCGCGAGUACAAGCAGCCGAAAUGGGCUUCCUCAGAAGGGUGGUGGGCUUCUCCCUUAGAGAUAGGGUGAGGAGCUCAGUCAUCCGUGAGGAGCUCGGAGUAGAGCCGCUGCUCCUUUGCGUCGAAAGGAGUCAGUUGAGGUGGUUUGGGCAUCUGGUAAGGAUGCUCCCUGGCCCCCUCCCUAGGGAGGUGUUUAAGGCACGUCCAGCUGGGAGGAGGCCUCGGGGAAGACCCAGGAUUAGGUGGAGAGAUUACAUCUCCACACUGGCCUGGGAACGCCUCGGGGUCCCGCAGUCAGAGCUGGUUAAUGUGGCUCGGGAUAGGGAAGUUUGGGGCCCCCUGCUGGAGCAGCUGCCCCCGCGACCCAACUUCGGAUAAGCGGCUGAAGAUGGAUGGAUAAUUACUUCUCUAAAAGUGCAAUCAAAUUACUUUAAUGAUUACUCCAGCAAAAAAAGUGAUCAAAUUACUUUUAAGUUACUUUCUAAAACACUUUUCAUAAGAAAAGUCUCGUCAACUUUUGAUUUUACAGAAACGCAAACAGACUUACAUAUGAACAUAAUUCAUAUUUUAAAUGUAUUACACAAACAAUAUUAUUUGCGAAAUGUGUAAACCAAAAGCAGUUACCUUAAUUAAAAGUCAGAAACUGUCAUCUGAUUGUAAGAGUUUAAGAUAUAAUGUGUUACACCUCUUUGAUAGAAAAAGUAAUUCGAUUACAGUAACUAAUUACCUGGUAAUCAGAUAAAACAAUGUGUAAAUAGCUCUUAGUUAACAGGCCGAAAAGUCGAUUUAAGAAGUGGAGCAAAUUACUAAAUUUUGACAAACGAUUACCAGAAUAAUGUGAUCUGAUGAAUUAUACACAAUUAGACCACAAACGUGCAUUAAGAAGGUAAAUGGAGCUGAUUUUGAUUUUCUGUUGACAUAUGGGAACAAAAGCUUAUUUUACUUUUCACAAAAAGGUUCUGUUGAUCAAAUCACAUUUUUAGACGUCUCAUUAUGACAAACUGAAAUAAGUUAGGCUGUCUGAGACAGAUCAGCGCAGAUCAACCCUCACAACAAACAGAAACAGGUCUAAAGAGGUACAGCGAGAACAGGAAGAUGAGUUAAUAAGCAAAGGAGUGAGUUCAAGUGAAGCCGUGCAGUGGGAAACAGCAAACUCAAGCAU